UCUAACCGAACUUAUAAAAGUUCCGAAAACACGAGGAGCAAGAAAAACAAAGAAAAAAAAAAAGGGUUCUUUAGAGAGAGAAGUUGUGAUCUCAUGCAUUGAAACAUAGAUAGCUCGAUUGAUCGGGGUUUUCAGCAGCGAUGGAAGGGGUCUUUGCGAAGCUGAGGAAUCUGGAUGCGUAUCCCAAGGUCAACGAGGAUUUCUAUAGCAAAACCCUCUCUGGUGGCCUCAUAACCAUCGCCUCUUCGAUCAUCAUGUUCCUUCUCUUCAUCUCUGAGCUCAGGCUAUAUCUCCAUUCUGUGACUGAAACAAAGCUUGUUGUAGAUACUUCACGAGCAGAAACUCUUCGCAUCAAUUUUGAUGUCACCUUUCCUGCCCUGGCAUGUUCUAUGCUCAGUGUUGAUGCCAUGGAUAUUAGUGGAGAGGAGCAUCUUGAUGUGAAGCAUGAUAUAAUCAAGAAACGGAUAGAUUCUCAUGGGAAUGUGAUUGAAACUAGACAAGAUGGAAUUGGUGCACCAGAGAUAGAGAAGCCCUUACAAAAGCACGGUGGCAGACUUGAAAAAAAUGAGACCUAUUGUGGAUCUUGUUAUGGUGCAGAAACAGCUGAUGAACAGUGCUGCAACUCAUGUGAAGAUGUUCGUGAAGCUUAUAGGAAGAAAGGUUGGGGCCUAUCCAACCCUGAUGUGAUAGACCAGUGCAAACGAGAAGGUUUUCUUCAAAGGAUUAAAGAUGAGGACGGUGAAGGGUGCAAUGUUUAUGGUUUCCUGGAAGUUAAUAAGGUGGCUGGAAAUUUUCAUUUUGCCCCCGGUAAAAGUUUCCAGCAGUCAAAUGUGCAUGUUCAUGAUUUGCUUCCAUUCCAAAAGGAUAGCUUUAAUGUAAGCCACAAAAUUCAUAGCUUAGCUUUUGGGGAACGCUUUCCUGGUGUUGUGAAUCCUCUUGAUGGUGUGGAAUGGAUGCAAUGGACACCAACUGGAAUGUAUCAGUAUUUUCUCAAGGUGGUUCCUACUGUUUACACUGACAUAAAUGGGCAUGUAAUCCAUUCAAAUCAGUUUUCUGUGACAGAACAUUUUAAGGGUGAUGCCGCCGGUCGAAUUCAGUCUCUUCCUGGAGUGUUUUUCUUCUACGACCUUUCACCAAUUAAGGUGACUUUCACAGAGCUCCAUGUACCAUUCCUACACUUCUUGACUAAUGUCUGUGCUAUAGUUGGAGGUAUAUUCACAGUUUCCGGUAUACUCGAUGCUUUCAUAUACCACAGCGAAAGAGCAAUCAAGAAGAAGAUGGAUUUAGGCAAAUUAACUUGAAGCCUUUCCAUUGCAAAACUUAUUUAUGGAGAUGUUUAAUUGCAGAAGAAACAGAACAUGAGAAGGGACCCCUCUUCACCACUCCUGUGAAUUAAAUCUUUCUUACCAAAUUUAAAAUUUAACAGAGUUAGUUUGAUCAUUAAUUCUGUGUUCCUCUUCUGUACUGCAUUCCACUAUUGGGUGAAGAUUAAGAUAUAUGAAAGAUCAAAAGGGAACUGGGUGAAAUGGCCCUCUUGGAGAGUA